GCUGCAGAUAGAAGAAUCUUCCAAACCUGUCAGGCUAUCCCAGCAACUAGACAAAGCUGUAACCACCAAUUAUAAACCUGUGGCUAAUCAUCAAUAUAAUAUUGAAUAUGAGAAGAAAAAGAAAGAAGAUGGAAAACGGGCUCGAGCUGAUAAACAGCAAGUGUUGGACAUGCUCUUUUCGGCCUUUGAGAAACAUCAGUAUUACAACAUUAAAGACUUGGUGGACAUAACCAAACAGCCAGUGGUAUGUAUUAGUAGUCUU